AUGGUUCCAGGCUUUGUGUAUGGACGAUCUGGCUACACCACGGCUGCACCUUCAGUGUGUGAGGUUUCCUUUGCCGGCACACGUUGGUGCCUGAAGCUGCUCUGGAGUGCCUGGACUGCCACGGUGGAGCGCAGAACCUACGGGCUCGCUGCAGGAUUUAGGUCACCCUUGCUGUGGAGCACACAGGACCUGGGGACUGAGCUUGCCCUGAAAGAAACCAUGUCAUCAGGGGGAGCUGAAGAUGAUAUUCCUCAAGCAGAGAGAAAAACGGUGACAGACUUUUGCUACUUAUUGGAUAAAUCUAAGCAGCUCUUCAAUGGCUUAAGGGAUUUACCUCAGUAUGGGCAGAAGCAGUGGCAAUCCUAUUUUGGGCGAACAUUUGAUGUUUACACCAAACUCUGGAAGUUCCAACAGCAGCACCGACAAGUAUUGGACAAUCGGUAUGGGUUGAAGAGGUGGCAAAUUGGGGAAAUUGCUUCCAAGAUUGGGCAGCUCUAUUACCAUUAUUACCUGCGCACCUCUGAAACCAGCUAUCUCAACGAGGCUUUCUCCUUCUACUCAGCCAUCAGGCAGAGGUCCUACUACUCCCAGGUCAACAAAGAGGACAGGCCUGAAUUAGUGGUUAAGAAGCUGCGUUACUAUGCAAGGUUCAUAGUGGUUUGUCUCCUGCUCAACAAGAUGGAUGUUGUAAAGGACCUUGUAAAGGAGCUGUCAGAUGAAAUUGAAGACUACACUCAUCGUUUCAAUACUGAAGAUCAGGUGGAGUGGAACCUGGUUCUUCAGGAAGUGGCAGCAUUUAUUGAGGCAGACCCUGUCAUGGUUUUAAAUGAUGACAACACCAUUGUAAUCACCUCUAACAGGCUUUCUGAGACGGGAGCUCCGUUGCUGGAGCAGGGGAUGAUAGUGGGACAGCUUGCUCUUGCAGAUGCGCUCAUUAUUGGGAACUGCAACAACCAGGUCAAGUUCAGUGAACUGACAAUCGACAUGUUCCGAAUGCUGCAGGCUCUGGAGAGGGAACCCAUGAACUUGGCAUCUCAAAUGAACAAACCCGGAAUGCAGGAGUCAACAGAGAAACCAGCCAGGCGGGAAAACCCCCAUAAAUACCUACUUUAUAAACCAACUUUUAGCCAGCUAUAUACAUUUUUAGCAGCAUCAUUUAAGGAGCUGCCUGCCAACAGCGUGCUGCUGAUUUACCUGUCUGCCACGGGCGUGUUCCCAUCAGGUCGUUCGGAUAGUGAAGGUCCCUACGAUUUCGGGGGAGUGCUGACCAACAGCAACCGCGACAUCAUCAACGGGGACGCCCUGCACAAGCGCAACCAGGCCUACAAGGAGAUGCACUGCCUUCACCCUGGAGAUCUCUACCCUUUCACCAGAAAGCCCCUGUUCAUCAUCGUGGAUUCUUCCAACAGCGUUGCCUACAAGAAUUUCACAAACUUAUUUGGACAGCCAUUGGUGUGCUUGCUUUCUCCAACAGCAUAUCCAAAAGCAUUACAAGAUCAGUCUCAGCGGGGUAGCCUCUUCACACUCUUUCUGAACAAUCCCUUAAUGGCAUUCCUGUUUGUCUCUGGAUUAUCAAGCAUGCGCCGAGGAUUGUGGGAGAAGUGUCAGGAUUACCUCCGGAAAAUCAACCGGGACAUUGCCCAGCUGCUGACCCACUCCCGCUCCAUAGAUCAGUCCUUCCUUCAGUUUUUUGGGGAUGAAUUCCUUCGCUUGCUUCUCACGAGAUUUAUCUUCUGUUCGGCUACGAUGAGGAUGCACAAAAUCUUCCGGCAGGAGACUCGAAAUUAUCCCGAAUCUUAUCCUCAGCUGCCAAGAGAUGAAACGGUGGAGAACCCUCACCUCCAAAAGCACAUUUUGGAGCUGGCUUCCAUUCUGGAUGUUAGGAAUGUUUUCCUGGAAAACACACUUGAUGACUAUUAAAAGAAACUGUCUUACUGCAAAGGGGAUUCCCUGGCCACAGAUUUUGAAUGGUGCAGUUUUAUAAUGUGAAAAUCAUAAAAGGAAGUACUUGAUUUUAUUUUUAAAUUUAGGGCCAUUAUUUUAAAAAGUAAUAAUAAACAGCUGUUAGUUGAGCUGUUCCA